CAACAACCCCUUCAAGGAAGAGGAGAAGAUUGCUAGACUGACCCUGCCUGGAAUAGUAUUACUGCCAGAGGAAACAAUGCCAUGGAAGAAUAUGGUGUCUGAGGAUUCACAGGACCCAUCAGUUACACAAGUGACAAGAAAUGUCCCACCAGGACUUGAUGAAUACAAUCCAUUCUCGGAUUCUAGAACACCUCCACCAGGCAAUGUGAAAAUGCCUAAUGUACCCAGUACACAACCAGCAAUAAUGAAACCAACAGAGGAACAUCCAGCUUAUACACAGAUUGCGAAGGAACAUGCCUUGGCCCAAGCUGAACUUCUGAAGCGCCAGGAAGAACUAGAAAGAAAAGCAGCAGAAUUAGAUCGUCGAGAACGAGAAAUGCAAAACCUUAGUCAACAUGGUAGAAAAAAUAAUUGGCCACCUCUUCCUGGCAAUUUUCCUGUGGGACCUUGUUUCUAUCAGGAUUUUUCUGUAGACAUUCCUGUAGAAUUCCAAAAGACAGUAAAGAUUAUGUACUACUUAUGGAUGUUCCAUGCUGUAACACUGUUUCUAAAUAUCUUCGGAUGCUUGGCUUGGUUUUGUGUUGAUCCUACAAGAGGGGUUGAUUUUGGAUUGAGUAUCCUGUGGUUCUUGCUUUUCACUCCUUGUUCAUUUGUCUGUUGGUACAGACCACUUUACGGAGCCUUCAGGAGUGACAGUUCAUUCAGAUUCUUUGUGUUCUUUUUCGUCUAUAUUUGUCAGUUUGCUGUACAUGUACUCCAAGCUGCAGGAUUUCAUAAUUGGGGUAACUGUGGUUGGAUUUCAUCCCUUACUGGUCUCAACCAGAGUAUUCCUGUUGGAAUCAUGAUGAUAAUCAUAGCAGCACUUUUCACAGCAUCAGCAGUCAUCUCACUAGUUAUGUUUAAAAAGGUACAUGGACUGUAUCGCACAACAGGUGCUAGUUUUGAGAAGGCCCAGCAAGAGUUUGCAACAGGUGUGAUGUCCAACAAAACUGUCCAGACCGCAGCUGCAAACGCAGCUUCAUCUGCAGCAACAAGUGCAGCUCAGAAUGCUUUCAAGGGUAACCAGAUUUAGAGAAUCUUCCAACCAUGCACUGUUACCUUUUGACUGUACUUUUUUCUCCAGUUACUGUAUUCUAUAAAUAUUUUUUUGUUCAAAACACACAGUACACACAGCACGUUUAUUCCCUAAUCACUUGUGCAUGGGCUAAAACCAGAAAAACUUCCUUGUCUUAUUAUUUACCUAACUGUUUCUUAAUAUUUCAGUGCCCCUUGCAGAAAAAAACAUUACAUGCUAAAUAAAUAUUCUCCAUAUUUUUGGGGGGAUAAAUGUUCAGCGAAUUAUUUCAGUGGUGACACACUGAAAUUAACAUGGCACUCAUGAUUAAAAAUGCGAUUAGUACUUGCUGCAGUCAUUCUUUCAAGAAUCUUAGACAUAAGGAUUAUACAUUGGAGCCGUAAAGCAAUGCUUCGCUCUUUUUUCCUUAUUUAUAUUGAAAGAAAUAGGACUUCAGAGACUUCCGGAUUUUUUAAAUUGGCUUGCUUUUAGCAGUUUCAGUCACCAGUGAGGAGCCUGUGUGCAUAGUAGAUAUGUAAAUUAUCUUUUUAUUUUCUUUUUUUUAGAGUAGGCGAUAUUUUGAUAUCAGUCUCUGAUCUUGCAUGGGCACCAUGUUUCUUAAGAGAAUUAGUAUUUUGGGUUAUGCACUGCCUGUGGUAAUAGGAUUGGGGAGUUGUUUAUAGAAUCAAUAGAAUCAAAGCAGUGAUUUCCUGUAAUAGUUUCUUUUAAAUAAAAAUUUAUUCGGGUGCAGUGUGAGCAUAUAAUAUUGCAGUGCAUUAUCCAAAAGAAAAGGUAGAUAAUUAUGGCAUAGAAUGUAGUGAUGAUACCUUUUUUUUUCAAAGUUUUCAGUAUUCAUAUCAUAGUAAAAUAUUAUUGUAUGGAAACUUUGGUAUACUCUUGUGGCUACCCUUUUUAAUUGAACUGAGAAUGUGUUUGGCAGCUCUUUUUUGGGGUAUGUGUGUGUAAUUUUUAAUAGAGGUAUUAAAGUCUAGCCUAACUCCAUGUCCAAAAAGAACAUUACAGUAUUUAAGGAAUUUUUCUUUUAGCCUCUCAUCUCUAGUUGGCAUUAAAAAUAGAAAGACCCUGGCACUUCAUAUAUAUUUGAAUCCCUAAUGCACUUCAGUCUUCAAGUUUUUGAGACAGACUGAAUACAUCAGAAUUUUUUAGUAAUAGAAAAAAUAAAACAUUUCACUUGCACCAAGCAAGAAGAUACAAACAGUUGAAUGCAUUAAUUAUGAAUAUAAUCACAUUAAAGUUAUACUAUGUGGCACAGGAAUUUAUUCUUAUAGUAUACUUGGGUUGAAACUUUGAAUCACUUUUAAUACUGAUUAAAUGACUCAAAGACGCUUGUAAAGUCACUAUACUGUGUUCAAGGGGUCAUUAGCCAACCUAAGAUUGCAGAAUAAUAGGUAGUGAUUUAUUUGACUUUAUUUUAAGUAAGGGUAGUCUUUUGGAUUAUAUUAUUUGAGACCAGAAAAUCAGCUGGGCAUAAAUGGUUAAAUCGCUUUUAUUUUUUCCCCCCAAAUCUGGAGUUAAAAUGAGUAUCAUGCUGUGGAUGGGAUUGUGAGUUCUCACCAUUUAUGAAAGAAGCUUUGUGUGAUACUGGAUAACACAGAUCCGUCCAGAUGGUGUUUACAUUUGAUUUAUUUGGGACUUUAUUGACGUAAUAUACUUAGAAUUUAUUUCUUUUAUUCUGAUGAAAAUAGGAUUCAGAAUAUGAAUUUAAACCUGUUUUUAUUAAUAUUUCUGAUCAGUGAUAAUCUCCACCUACUUUCUCAACCAAAUAAGCCAGUUCGAGUUUUUCAGAGUCUAUAAUCUUACUGAAAAUCUGUUUUGUCAGUGUGCUUCAUUGAGUGUGGAUUUUACAGACUUUCAAAACAUUAACCACGUAACGCAAGAGAACUUAUGUCCAUCAUGAGUUUAUAUCUUAAGUCCAUUUUUUUUCUUUUAACCACAAAUGAAAGCUUUAUCAUAGAGACUUCUGAAAAAUACUGAGAUUCUUUCCUUCAAGAAUUAUGAAUGCUUCUCUCUAUUCUUUGGAUGUCCUGUAUUAUUAAACAUCAAAGAAUGAUUACCACCAACAGUACCCUUUUUGUGUGGAUGGGGGAAAUUAUUUUAAAUUCCAGUUAUUUGGAUUAAUACAAGCUUAUGAGAUAAAUUGUUUUUAAAAACAUAAAUGUGCAUUAAAAUGAUGGCACUGCUUAACAGUUUAAUAAGGAGGGAUUUUAAAUUCUUAUAUUCUCUAUUCUCUUAACAGUAAUUAUUAGUAAAUAGUCACAUUUGCACUCAGCUAACGAUUGGCAUUUGUUAAUGUUUAAUACUUAAUAUUAGCAUUACCCAGUAUUGUAAUCAUGAAAUUGCCUUCACGUUGUAAGGCUCCAUGUCAUUUUUCAGUUUGUGAUAUUAAGUUUUGGCUACUUUAUUUCAAACUGAAGUUUGAACACUGGAAAAUUGUUGCUCAGUGGUUUGUAAUUUGGGACUUGGAUUAUUUAUCUAGGGAUGUUUGUAUAUUUUGUCAUUGAGUAAUAUUGCGCUGCCAUUAUGGUGACUGUCAUGGUUCUAUAUAAAUGCUCUCCAUCUGUCCCUCUAAUGUUGCAUGUUUUCAGUGGUUUGGAAGUUUUGUAUAUUUAUUGUAUUAACACAGAGUGUCAUAGAAUAAAAUGCUGUUUACUGGAUGUUUGUUCGUACAAUUUUAAAUGCUGUAUGAGCACUUCAGAGGCAGAAAUUAUGCUGAGGGCGUAAACAUAUAUAGAAAUUUCACAUUUGAUUUUUUAAAAAUAAUCUAUGUAUAAUUCAUCAUGUGCUACUAGACAAAAUAAAUAAUAUAAAAGAAUUAAAAAUUCUCAGCGACAUAAGAUGACAAUUUUUUCUGUUGCAUUAGACCUUAGUAGGUAGUGGAACAUGAGCUUCACUCAUUAAAUAUUUUGACCACUUUAAGGUCAAAAUACAUGAACUGUCGAGAAGUUAGAGAGAUUCAGAAUGGAAAACUUGUGGCCCAGAUUUUUCCUUGUGGGAUACCUCUGUACUAGUAUUGAUUAGAUUGGACUUGUGUUCUGUUUCCUAACCUCACUCACUACCUGUUGUUUUAUGUACUGAUGAAGGUACCUAUUUGCCUAUUGUUGGAUUUUUCACUUGGUUACCUAAAGAGGACAUAAAAAUAUAGACUAGUAAUGUCAUGGUAAAUCUUACUUGAGAAAUGCAUGUUAAAUUAAAAUA